ACAAACGAUGCUUAAAUCAAUCACUAUCAUAUCCUCGCCGUACCACGUCGGGUUCUACAACCAUGGCGUCGGAGCAGGACCUGAUUUCAUCAGAUCACUUGGUGUCGUACAAACGUUGAAGAACCUCGGCGUACCAGUCAAGGAGAUUGAGAUUGAACCAGUUGAUGAGUUUGAAGGAGAAAUCGGCGGGAGCUUUGAGCUGUUCCGUCGCACCUCAACUCUCGUUUCCGAGGCACACAACAGCAAUUCCUUUCCCAUUAUCCUAUCGGGAAACUGCAGUGCUGCCGUUGGCGUGGCAGCUGGGUAUAACCGGUCACUGAUAGCUCGUGAGACGGGAGAGAAGCUAGGUUGCAUAUGGUUUGAUGCACAUGACGACUAUAACACUCCCGAUACCGUCGUGAGCGGCUACUUUGACUCGCAACCUAUUGCUAUGCUGGCCGGGGAGUGCUGGAAGGGGAUACUAGGGUCGGUCCAGGGACAUGAGGUGAUGGAUAUUCGGGAGAAACUUGUGCACGUUGGAUUGCGGGAUGUGAACCAGGUUGAGCGACAGCGGGUUCUGAACGCCGGGUUCGACGUUGUGUGGGGAGAUGAGAAUGGUGGCAAGAUGGAGUUUGCAGGGCGUCUACGUGGGUUCCUGGAGAAGAAAGAUCUGGGGCCGACGAUGCUGCAUUUUGAUGUUGAUGCUUUGGACAUCUCACUUGGCAAGGCGAACCAGUUUUCUGUGCCAGGCGGCUUGUUUGAGGAAGAUCUUCUUGGAUGCUAUGAUGCCAUCGUCCAGCGGACGCGUCCUGUGUCACUUACUGUGGCGUCUUUUGACCCUUCUGGCGAUGGAGCAGAAAACAUCGGACUCAUCACGAUUCGAAGCAUCAAAAGUUUAGUAGGGUCUCUUAUUAAAGGAGGCGUUAUAGGCUGUAAGGACAAUGUCAUGGCAUAAUUUCUACCAGUUCCGAUGCGUAUUUGAAUAUUCUUGUGAUGUUUACUCAAUGAUAACGCCGCAAACGUGACAUAUGGCUAGAUUUUCCCCAUGCAUAUGAUCGUCUCUACAAUCUUCGCACAUGCCUGGAACCGGUGCAGCGAGAACGGCAUCAAUCAGGUCAGAGCCAAACUCCGGGAUCUCUUUCAUGACUCGCUUGAGCAUAGACCUUGACUCGUCCGAACAAGUACUCUUGCUCAACUCCAACCUUGCGUGAUUGAUUGCUGCUUUCCGUAAACCGUUUGAUGC